GUCCUCCUCGCGACCAGCCGGCGGCGGAGAGAGAGAGAGAGAGAGAGAGAGAGAGAGAAUCGCCAUGGCGUCGCGACUCGUGGCCCGGUCGAGGAGAGGCCUAGCGCUCGCCCUCUCCCGCGCCGGCGCCGGCGCCCCGUCGCGGCCCUCCCCUCCUGGCCUCGGCAAGACUCUGGGGUAUGAGCCAACAUCACAUCUCCAUGGUGCUCAGUUUUUACCUUGUUGGUUUUCAACUAUUGCAUCUAAUGGAUCUCACAUGCAAAAGGCACAGGAGACAUGUAAGCCAGUUGCUGGAAUGGAACACUCUGAUGCACUGAAAGUAAUGGAAGGAACCUCUCCUAAAGUUGUGGCAUUCAGCCCACUAGAAGCAGCUAUCACUAAACCUAGAAGCAGUCCCUUGACAAUUGAAAGUUCUAAAGUAAAGCGAUCAGAGAUUGCAACGCUAGUCACAUUUUACAUGAUCCCUUCUCUGCUUGUUUCCUCAAAAAAUGGGCUUGCUACCUCUAUUUUGGUUGGCGCAGUAUUCCAUCAAAUAUACAUGUUUCACAAGGAGAUAUUUCUGGACUAUGUGCACCAUGAUAUCACCAGGAAGUGGGCUUUGAUAUACUUCAAGCUGCUUUUGUUGAUCAUGGCGAAGGAAACCAUUGUGUAUUUCAACUUUAUCUGAGUUUUAUCUCUUGCAGAGGGACAAUCUAUGUACUCAUCCAUACACCAGAAAAAAUGACGGUGGUGGAUAAAAUUCUGGCGCCUUGUUCUCUUCAUGGACAUUUUCAACAUUUUUCCUUCUCAACUUCAUUUGUAUAUGCACUUGAAAGAGGAUGAUUAGUGAUCAAUGAAGCAAUUAGUUCGACUUCAUUCUUGUUUAUAAUAAUAGCAACUGAUAUGAACUGUUUGGUAUUUGCUAGCACGAUGCAGCCAUAUGGAUUUUGUUUUCCAUGUAUGAAUUAUCAUCUUAUGUGCAUAUAUUUCUCCUUUUGGAGGCUUGAGCUGCCAUUAUUUUUUUGCGAAUCCUUCAGACUCCAGUCCUACAUGAAUCCAGCGCUAUGCUCCUUUUUGGAGGUUUUGUUACUGCAGAGAUGAUUGUGUGUUUAACUUUAUUGAUUGGUUUGAUUGUUUCUGCAGAUGUUACAAAGAUUGGCCGGUUGCAGUUUGUUUGAAAUGCUAGGAUUCAGAAGUCCCUCCAGAUGCUUGCUUCAAAUAUACUUACUACUCAGUAAAUGAUAGGAGUACUGCUCUGUAAAUGCAUGAAAAAACAGUGAUGGAGAAAUCUGAUGCUUGUGUACCCAAUGAUGCAGGAUCAGUCCUCCUUGGUGAACACGCUGGAAUUUCCCAAUAAUUUGCAGUAUCCCACAACAUUCAGAAAACCAAAUUCCUUGGAAAUUCACGACACAAGGUAAAGAACAAAAACCCAUGACGUUUUGCUUUGCAAUUUGCAGGUAGGGCUCUGCUGUCCUUGCUGCUGCUGCUGGAUUUGAAAGAAAAAAACCUGUGUACGAUGUACGUACGCCGGCUGCAUCCUUGUACAGCCAUGUUCAUGUGAGAGCGGAAAAAACUGCCUUCCAGCUCAGCUCUGCAGGGCUGAAUUGCCGCCUGGAUCCUGCGGCCGCCAUGUUUACCCGGGACGGCCGGCCGGACGGCGGCGACCCCAUCGGCUGCCACGCGCACAUGCCCGGCGACCGACGGCCGCCGGUGCUGACUGUGAAUUGACAUGAAUGCUGCCACUGCCUGUGCCUGCAAUGUCCCAGCUUGCUUUGCAGGAGGCAGCAGCAGCAGCAGCUAGCUGUGGUAGAAUGGCUGCUUCUGUGACCGUCUCUGCAUUGCAGAGAGAUGCAGUGAGUGUGUGUUGAGUGACUCCUCCAGCUGGGAGCUCCAGGAAUUCACCUCCCCACACACAGUCACAGUCACAAACACACUCCCAGUGCAUUACCUGUCUGUCUGCACUGUGCAUGCAGUGAAACCUCUGAACAUUUUCACCGUGGCAUUCUGAAUUCUGAUCCGGCAAUCAAUCAACCAGCCCUUGCAGUUAUUAGUGAAGUGCAGAUGUAUCAUGUAUCUGUCCAGCCAUCAAAUGCUGCAGUGGAGAACAGGGAACUGAAGGGGGUUCUUGGAUUUGGCUUCUUUACUUUUUCGCUGAUUUUAUUUUUUUUUCUCUGGCACCUGCUUUUAUUUCUUCAGAUCUCAUAUUAUCAUCACCAUAUGGGUGGUUUUGCAAGAGUGGACCUGAGGUUCUUGCAGCAAUGCAGCCGCAGGACCCAUAGAAAGGACCAUUGAAAACUGUGGCACAAAACAUGCAUAGUGAAAAUGGCGCAGGCAUUACAGAGAAAAGUAGUAGAUAUGCUAGCUAUAAUUUCAGGAUUGUGCAAUUUUGUUGUCUUCCCUGGCUAUGGAGUACGGAGUAUCAUGUUACAA